AUGUCGCAAGAAACUUCACAGCGCAACGCGCCGACACCGUCUGCGUCGCAAACAACAACGGUUGCGUCCACGUCACAGAACGCUCCGGAUCCCGCUCCGAGGAUACUGCGCCUUCGCGGACGGCACAAUGCCAACGGACGGUCGGUGCAAUGGGCCGAGGACGUGGUGGACAAUGAGGGCCUCGGCCGGAAGAGCUCCAAAGUAUGCUGCAUCUAUCACAAGCCGAAAGCCGUGGACGAAUCGAGCGACGAGUCCAGCUCCGACUCUUCUUCCUCUUCAGAUUCUGAAUCGGAUUACGAAGAAAGAAUGCGCCGGGGCAGAGGACGAAAUGGUAGCGGGCGCCAUGAGGAUGGCCAUCGCGAGGGAUGCGAUCACACUCAUGACCAUGGUCAUGGCAAGCCGAACGACAAGCAGAAACGACCACCAAGCCCGAAUGCAUACGAAAAGGUACCAAAACCAAAACGCAAAGAGGAGCCAGCCGAAAAGAAGCAGUGA